AUGAGUGAGGAAGCCAGAGAGGCCUCGACUGCAAGCGGUUCCAAUGCCGCUGAGCGCGUGGUGAAGAAGAGGGCUUCGCAAGCCUGUCACCAUUGCAGAACCCGCAAGGUAAAAUGCGACCUUGUUAAAUCUGGCGUGCCUUGCCACAACUGCUCCUCGGACGGCAUCGAAUGUAUCAUCCUCGAAUCGAGACGGAGCAGAAAGUAUCGUCUGCAGAAGCGUCAGUCAACUCGCCCCACGGCGCUUCCCCCGAUUUCCCAGGCGCAGCCAAAAACCGCCUCAGAGCCUUCAGCUACCGGGCUGCAACUCGCCGAUGGUGUGAACGAUGCAGCUCCAGCACUCGAGGCCAGUACUCCUACUCAAUCAAAUCAUGUGCGUUCCUUCGUGCCAAUCGAAUUUCAGACUCCUCACAUUCUUCCUCGAAACAACAGUCUGGCCGCUCCGACCCAUGCAAGCACUGCUUCUAAUGCAUCCGUCGUGGGAGCCGCCACUGAUUUGCCGUCCUUCAUUCGCCCUUGUCGGCCAGACAUUCGGCAGGAUGACUUGGACUUCCUGCGUCGCCGUGGCGCUUUGAGCUUACCCCUGGGCGAGCUCCAUGAUCAGCUGAUUCGAGCUUUUGUGCUCUACGUGCACCCGUUCAUGCCUAUCGUCGAUCUGGAAGACUUCCUGGGUGCCCUCGACGGCAAAGAUGGCUCUCCAAAGAUCAGCUUAGUCGUGUUUCAAGCCAUUCUGUUCUCGGGCGCUGCCUUUAUCGAGCUGCCGCUUCUCCAGGAAGCAGGCUACGAAAGUCGAAGAAUUGCAAGAGCCGAUUUCUAUCAGAAAGUCAAGCUACUCUACGACUUCGACUGGGAAGUAGACCGAGUCGCCCUUAUCCAAGCACUACUCCUACUAAAUUACUGGUAUGUGUCGGAGAACGACCAAAAAGAUCCCUGGCAUUGGCUCGGUGUCUGCGUUUCUCUGGCCACCAGUAUCGGGUUGAAUCAACCCUUUACACAUGCUCAGAAGGACCCCAAGGUUAGAGCUCUGUGGAGACGAAUAUGGUGGAGUUGCGUCCACCGCGACAGGAUCAUCUCUAUCAGCAUGCGAAGACCAGUGCGAAUCAAAGACGAGGAUAUCAGGCUCUCACCUCUGAGAAUGGACGACUUCGAGACUGGGCCUUUCCCUUCGGCGAUCUUGUGCCUCCAAGGCAAUUCUUUUCUCACGGAUAGAUAUGUGAGAUCCAUGUUGGCUGAGAUGUAUAUCGCAAAGCUCAAACUGCUGCUCUUCAUUGGACAGAUCCUCAAACACUUCUACCACUUGCGCGGCUUUGGUGGCUCCACAUCCGAGUCGACCUUACUCUAUACUCCCAAAAAGUCCGAAGUCAAAGGGAAGCAAUAUCUGCAGUUGCAACAUGACCUUGAUCAGUGGUACAGGGAGCUUCCACCCAGUUGCUGGCUGGUAACGAGCAGCAGCAGUGAUGACCUCGAUCCGUCUACUGCAGACUCUGUUUUGAUGCAUCGGUCAGUAUUGAGGAUGCUCUACUUGAUGGCAUCUGAAGCUCUCAAUCGCCCUCAAUCACUGUCCAAGCCCCCCAGUGGCCGGGAGAACAGCCCAACAUCAAAGGUCAAGGAAGCAGCUGAGAAGAUUGCGGAAAUGACAGAAUCUCUACAAAAGCGAGACUUGGUCAGGUUUCUCCCGCCACUGUCGGUGAGUUUUAUGCUGCUCGCACUCGCCUCCUUCUUGGUGGAUAUGAAAGCGAAGGGCCAAAGCAUCGGAGCGCUGCCAGAGCACCAAUUUCAUAUUUGUAUGCGAGCAUUACUGCAACUGCGAGAAAUCUGGCCCAUUGCCGAUGCUGCUUGCUUUCUGAUCGGACAGAUGAUCAACAAGCAUCAAGUCGGCAAGAUUUCGACGCCGGCUGUACAACCAGCACCGUUGAAUAUAAGUCUGUCAUCGUCGAACGAUUGGCGACCUCCUGAGAUUCCCCCCAGACAUACACCUCCUGUCCCCCGGUUUGACCAAGUAUCGGCAGAAGUGCCUUUCACUUCUACCGCUUUAAGCGAGCCACCGACGUUCACAACACAUCAACCAGAAGUGGCUCCCACAACGACACAGGGGUUCGUUAUGCCUUACAAUUGGACAGAGGAGGACUUUGAAGGCGACUAUGGGGUCAUGAUGGAGGCUCACGCACUGAACAUGGACCUCGCCAUGCCCGAUGCAGAGGUGUUGGGCUUCUUUGGCAACGGUAUGUUUGACCUUGAACCAUCACCACACCAUGACCAAGCUGGACAAGAUGGUCUCCCAUAUGCUCCGCAGCAAUCUUCCGUCGUCUGUGAUCCAUGGAAUUCCACGGUUGUCAAUCAAUAUAUGGAUCCUUAUCGCACGCCGAGAUCGAUCUAG